GGAAUUGGGCCUAAAAGCAACUUCAGUCUGAAAAGGGGGAAGUUGGGGACUGAGAUUGUCCCUAUGGUAUUUGUAUCUGGUCAUAAUUCACCGGCAUAUUCCGAUCGCCGGACGACGAAAAGCCAUCCAUUUCCUCCAUCUCCGGCAACUGGAUGACUUCUAGAAAGAGCAAAAAUCAAGUAGUUCAAGCUGCAAUUUGCUAAAAUCAGAGUUUGGCAGGGUUUAAUUUGACUUUGAUAUAGUUAGGAUUCUCCAUGGAAGUACCUGGUAGACGUUCGAAUUAUGCAAUGUUACAGCAGCAACCGCCAUACGAUGAGUUUAAUUCAGACGAGAAGAGCAAAAGUAGAAGUGAUAAGGGAUUAUAUUGGGACUUGAUUGAUCGCCGAAUAGGUACGACGCCGUUUCAAGCCUCGAUUGUGUUACCGACGCAGUCAAGUGAGGGUAGCUUUGCUGAAAGUUCAAUUUCUGGAGUUUCAUUUGGGCAUAUGAAUGCUAAUUCAGGUGGUGGAGGUUCGUUGUCCAAAAGUUGGGCUCAACAGACAGAGGAGAGCUACCAGCUGCAGUUAACGUUAGCUCUGAGGAUCUCUACUGAAGCAACCUGCACUGAUGAUCCCAAUUUGUUGGAUUAUGUGCCAGAUGAAUCAGUAUCCCAUGCUUCAGCUUCAUCUGCAUCAGUGGAGGCAAUGUCUCAUCGAUUCUGGGUAAAUGGGAGCUUAUCAUACUUUGACAAAGUUCCCAAUGGAUUUUACUUGAUUCAGGGGAUGGAUCCAUAUAUCUGGACACUCUGCUCAGAUCUGCAAGAAAGUGGUCGUAUCCCAUCAAUUGAAUCCCUGAAGGCUAUUGAUCCCUCUGUAGUACCAUCAGUUGAAGUGAUUUUGAUUGAUCGGCGAAGUGAUCCCAGGUUAAAGGAACUGCAAAAUCAAAUUCAUAGCAUGUACCGUAGUUGCAACACCACAAAAGAGGUGGUUGAUCGGCUUGCAAAGUUGAUCUGCAAUCACAUGGGAGGCGCAGCUUCUGUCGGAGAAGGUGACUUCAUUCCUAUCUGGAAGGAGUGCUGUAAUGACCUGAAGAAUUGUAUAGGAUCCAUUGUGUUUCCCAUUGGUAGCCUUUCUGUUGGCCUUUGUGGGCAUCGCGCAUUGCUGUUUAAAGUUCUGGCGGACAUCAUUGAUUUACCAUGUCGAAUUGCCAGAGGAUGUAAAUAUUGUAAAAGAUCCGAUGCUUUCUCAUGUCUAGUUCGAUUUGGCCUUGACAGGGAAUACUUGGUUGAUUUGAUUCGGGAUCCAGGAUGUUUAUCUGAACCAAAUUCAUUGCUCAAUGGUCCAUCUUCCAUCUCGAUUUCUUCACCAUUGUGCCUUCCGAGAUUUAGACAAGUUGAACCUGCCAUGGAUUUCACGUCACUGGCCAAACAGUAUUUUUCGGAUUGUCUAUCACUUAAUCUGGUCUUUGAUGAUUCUUCAGCAGGAACUGCAGUUGAUGGGGAUGCUGGACAAAUGGACAGAAGUUCCAUGGAUAGAAGCAGUGCAGUUCUUAGUUCAAGCAAUCGUGAUGAAGUUUCACGGUUACCUCUGCCUCCAAUAAAUGCAUGGAAUAAGGGAUGUGAUAAAGGCUCUCAACUUCCUGCAUUAUAUCAUCCUCCAAAUAUGUCUACCUCAAUGUGCCAGGAAGAGGAUUUGAUUCAUUUGAAAAGCGUCCCUCCAAUUAGGUAUGGAAAUGCUCAACUGAUUGCAAUAUCUGAGGCAAGGACAGAUACCAUUAAUGACCAGAGGUACUUUGAGGGAGGAGGGAGACUUGCUCCUGCUAAACCAAGUCGAGAACUUGUUCUUGAUGUAGAAGAUCUGGUUAUUCCCUGGAAUGAUCUGGUUCUGAAGGAGAGAAUUGGGGCAGGGUCUUUUGGUACUGUUCACCGUGCUGACUGGAAUGGCUCUGAUGUUGCUGUGAAAAUUCUCAUGGAACAGGAUUUUCAUGCAGAGCGAUACAAGGAAUUUUUGCAAGAGGUUGCAAUUAUGAAGCGGUUGCGACAUCCAAAUAUUGUGCUUUUCAUGGGUGCUGUUACUGAGCCACCAAACUUGUCUAUAGUUACAGAGUAUUUAUCAAGAGGUAGCUUAUAUAGUCUUCUUCAUAAACCUGGUGCGACAGAGGUAUUGGAUGAAAGGCGUCGGUUGUGUAUGGCUUAUGAUGUGGCAAAGGGGAUGAAUUAUCUUCACAAACGCAAACCACCAGUUGUUCACCGUGAUUUAAAAUCUCCAAAUCUUCUGGUGGAUAAAAAAUUUACAGUGAAGGUCUGUGAUUUUGGUCUUUCUCGAUUAAAAGCUAAUACAUUUUUGUCAUCAAAGUCAGCUGCCGGGACUCCAGAAUGGAUGGCACCUGAAGUUCUCCGUGAUGAGCCGUCAAAUGAGAAAUCUGAUAUAUACAGCUUUGGUGUCAUCUUGUGGGAGCUGGCAACAUUGCAACAACCUUGGAGUAAUUUGAACCCACCACAGGUAGUAGCAGCUGUUGGCUUUAAGGGUAUGAGGCUUGAAAUUCCACGUGACUUGAAUCAUCCGGUGACAACUAUUAUUGAAGCUUGCUGGGUGAAGUAUGUUGCUCCUAUUCUUACCAAGCUAGUUUGGGAUUGUAUUGAUAUGUUUUAUCAAAAUUACUUCUACUAUUGCAGUGAGCCGUGGAAACGCCCCUCUUUUACCACUAUCAUGGAUAUGUUGAGACCGCUCAUAUAACUCUUGCAACACAACCAGAUUGUACAGACAUGCAGUUCCUCACGUAAAUGCUGUAGUAAAUGUAUGAUUCCUGCACAUCUUUGGCAUUCUUUAUUAAUUAUGUUUCUGGGAGGAAGAGCUUGGACUAUAUCUGGUUUGUGUAUCUUGAUGUCUGUCUCUUGAAUCUAAUGAAUUUAAGAAAUGUUACCCCUUUGGUAUGGUAACAAUUAGUCCAAUUUUAAGAGUGCCACACUUGAGUUAGUUCGAAGUAGUUGAAAUUUGGUGUAAACUUCUGGCCUUGACAUUUUCUCCGAGUUGUGAUAUUCUCGGAACACUGAUUGAGCAUCUGAGUGUUGUUUCCGUAUGUUAAGUUCAGCAUUUCCUUUCCCUAGGCGUGACAUCUAUAGGAGGAAAAUUUUAUUGAGAGUUCCAGCUUAACUUUUUUUGUUUUGUUUUUGUUAAUCGUGGUGUCCGGGCUAAAACAUAAGGGUUCCUCUCAAGGUUUGUCCAUGGAGCGUGGGUCAAUGCCUAAGAUCAAACCAAAGUGGAUGGACAACAUGUGAAUAUUCCUGUACUAACUUGCGCGCACCUCAACUGAUAAGCAUGUAUUCUGUACAUAUUAGUUCUAACUUCUGACUCCCUGUGGAGGAUACCAAUUCUUUUCGCAAUUCAAGCAACUGUCUUUGCCUAACAGAAGAAACAUUUGCACUUGGUAUUUGGCUUAGUGAUGCUGUUGAUGCUAGCAAUCAUGGGUUACUGCAUCUGUCCAGGAUUGUUUUGUAUAUAUAAGAACUAUAAUAGAACGUUAUAAUAUAUACGUAAAUAAUAUUCUCUUCGGCGGCUAAAUAAGCUAGCAAUCUUUUCCCAUUGAUGAUCACAAUUAACAA